CAGUCAGUCAGUGAGGAACAGAGCUACAGUGUGUUUCUGCUCUCAGCUGUCACAUCUUCCACUCAUUAUCAUCGUCAUCUUUGUCACUUUGAGUCCUUCAGCAGCAGAAUAAACCAUGGCCCUUCAUCACAAAGAGUUCACCACAGCGGGGCAGAGAGCUGGUCUGCAAAUCUGGAGGAUUGAGAAUCUGGAGCUAGUUCCUGUUCCUGAGAGUUUACACGGGAACUUUUACACAGGAGAUGCUUAUGUGAUCCUGAGCACAGUCAAACAGAGGGACAGCUUCUUCUAUCAUCUCCACUACUGGCUGGGAAAGGAGUGCAGCCAGGAUGAGAGCACGGCGGCAGCCAUCUUUACCGUGCAGCUGGACGACUACCUGGGAGGGAAACCAGUCCAGUACAGGGAGCUGCAGGGGGUCGAGUCUACGGCCUUCACCAGUUACUUCAAAGGAGGAAUCACCUACAAGACAGGGGGCGUAGCCUCAGGUUUCCAUCAUGUGAUCACCAAUGACCUCUCAGCUGAGAGACUCCUUCACAUUAAAGGGCGGCGGGUCGUUAGGGCUACACAGGUGCCUCUCUGCUGGUCCAGCUUCAACAGCGGUGACUGCUUCAUUGUUGACCUCGGAGAUAGGAUCUAUCAGUGGUGUGGAUCCAAGUCAAACAAGUUUGAGCGACUGAAGGCUGCACAGGUGGCCCGAGGCAUCAGAGACAACGAGAGGAACGCCAGAGCAGAGCUGGUGGUCGUAGAGGAAGGAAGUGAACCCUCACAGUUAACUAAGGUCCUCGGCGUGAAGCCGAAGCUUUCAGAGGGCGAUGAUGAUGACACAAAGGCAGACGUGUCCAACAGGAAAAUGGCCAAACUUUACAUGGUUUCUGAUGCUUCAGGAUCCAUGAAGCUGAGCGUGGUGAAGGAGGAGAAUCCUUUCCUCCAGAGCGACCUGAUCUCUGACGAAUGCUUCAUCCUGGACCACGGCAAAAACAGGAUGAUAUUUGUUUGGAAAGGACGCAACGCCAACCCGUGCGAGAGAAAAGAGGCAAUGAAAACAGCCGAGGGCUUCAUCAAACAGAUGGGCUACCCAGCUAACACACAGAUCCAGGUGAUGCCAGAAGGGGGGGAGACCCCUAUGUUUAAACAGUUCUUCGUGUGCUGGAAGGACAAAGACCAGAGUGUUGGUUUCGGGAAGGUAUUUGUCACCGAGAGGAUUGCCAGGAUACAGCAAGUGGGGUUUGACACCUCAAAGCUCCACGAAUGCCAUCAAAUGGCAGCUCAGUACAACAUGGUGGACGACGGCAGCGGGGAAACAAAGAUCUGGAGGGUGGAGAGCAGCGGCAGAGUUCCCAUCGACCAAAAGAUGCACGGUCAGUUCUACGGCGGCGACUGUUACAUCAUCCUGUACACGUACGGGAAAAGACAGAUCAUCUACACCUGGCAGGGAUCAAGCUCCUCUCUCGAUGAGCUGACAGCCUCGGCUUUCCUCACCGUGGAGCUCGAUCGAUCUCUGGGAGGAAACGCUGUUCAGGUCCGAGUGUGCCAGGGUAAAGAGCCUCCCCAUCUUCUCAGUCUCUUUAAAUCUAAACCCCUCAUCGUUUAUAAAAACGGUACGUCCCGUCAUUGUGCUCAGGCUCCCACUCCUCAAACCCAGCUGUUCCAGGUCCGAAGAAACCUGGGCACCAUCACCAGGAUCGCUGAGGUGGAUGCUGCUGCAAGAAGUCUGAACUCUAAUGACGCCUUCCUUCUGAAGAUGAAAUCUGGACAGGGUUACCUGUGGAUGGGUAAAGGAGCGAGCGAUGAGGAGUUAAAGGGAGCAGAGUACAUGAGCAAAGAGCUGAACUGCAGCAGCACACGCAUCACGGAGGGAAAUGAAACAGCUGAUUUCUGGGCGGCAUUAGGAGGAAAAGCAGCAUAUCAGACCUCAGAAAGGCUGGAGAGUCAAACCCUGACUCAUCCUCCUCGACUGUUCGGAUGCUCCAACAAGACCGGCAGGUUCAUCAUUGAGGAGGUUCCGGGAGAGUUCACGCAGGACGACUUGGCUGAAGACGACGUGAUGCUGCUGGAUGCUUGGGACCAGGUGUUUAUUUGGAUCGGAAAGGAUGCCAACGAGGUGGAGAGGACUGAAUCCAUCAAAUGUGCCAAACAAUAUGUGGAGUCUGACCCCAGUGGACGGGACAAGCAGACCCCUCUGGUGGUGAUGAAACAAGGCCAUGAGCCCCCCACCUUCACAGGCUGGUUCCUGGCCUGGGACCCUGCCCACUGGGACACCAUGAGCCGGAGCAUGCAGGCCAUGCGUCUGUAGACUCACAUCACAGAGAAACAUCUAAUAAUAAUACUUUUAUAUGAAAUCAGUGUGAUGAAAGAAACAAAGUCAGUGUCUUUAUAAAUGCUUUUUAUGUGCUUUUAUGUUUUUAACCACACUGUUGCACUUGACUUUUUUUUUAUUAGUUUUGUACCCGAAAUACUUUUUAAGAAAUGUUAAUGAGUCUUGAGAGUCUUGGAUUUUAUUUCCUAAAUAUUGUAUCUGGUAUGAAAUUGUUCGUGAAAGUAUGUUAAAAGUCAGCUGUUUGCAUGUAUGAAUAAAUAAAGACUAAUGUUAAACAUUUCUUCUCUUUGUUUGAACACAGAUGAAUAGUUUUAUAUGACAGUCGUUUAAGGAGAAACCUUAAGUUCAUGUUUUUGUGGUUUCUUAGUUGAACUUUGAUGAGUUUUUCAGUCUGUUUAAGAGCUGGUGGGAAUAAAUGUUUUUUGAACAAUGA